CCCGCCGCCGGGAGCGCCGCUCUCCCACUCCUCUCCGCAGCGUUCUCCCGGCGGCGGCCUCGCCGAGCGCGGGCCGCCGCCCUCCCCUCGGCGCCGGGGCCCGCCGCAGCUGUGCGGCCCGGGGGAGGCGCUCCGGACCCGCCUCCCCGCGGCCUUGGCUCCCCGCGGCCCCGCCGUGCCGCCCGCCCGCCGCGGUGUGGGGGGCUGGGCUGCGCUGUGUUCACGAAGCACUGCGGCCCCCCGGAGCGGCGGCCGGCCGAAAGGCCGUGGGUGCCGGCAGGUGGCGGCGCAGGCCCGCGGUGCGGCCGGGCGGGGCCGGGGCUGCGCUCCGUGCAUCGGGCACGGGAGGCGGCGCCGAGGAGCGGCGGUGGGGCGGGCGCGUGUCCGGGACAUGUGCCCGGGAGCCGCUGUGCCGGGGCGUAUGGGCUGCGGGGAGCUCGGGGCUGUUGGAAUGGAGUCCUGCUGCUGCGAGUGGCAAAGCCUUGCAACAGCUGUGCUGGGGAACAGCGACCGUCAGCAGCUGCUGCUUCACCGCCACACGUGCAUCAAACACCGUGUCAGGGCCGAAGUCAGGGGCGUUGCGUACAUGCUGCUGUAUUUCAGAAAUGUGACAAGUGCGUGUGGUAAUACGCACUGCUAUAUUAAUUUUUUCCCUAUACAUGAAUGAUGCAGUCAAAUAUUUUUUUUUCCUUUAUACAUUCUCCUUUAAGUUCAGCCUCGGGAUUCAGACGUGCUUGUCUUGCUGACUGGCUGCAGUCUGUUUCCAGCUUCUGAAAUUACUUUGGUUCUGCCUUGCUCUGGUUUUAUUUUUGUAAUAUUUCUAUUUAUUUUUGGUAAGAUCUUACUAACAGAAACACAUUGGCAAGAUCUUAUUGAUAGAAAUGCAUUCAUUUCCUUGCAUAUUGAUGCAUUUGACACCUGAGUACAACUGAAAUGAAAGGUGACUUGUUUUUAAUCACUCAAGACUAAUUACCUAAUUUGAUUUCUUCCUCUCCCUCUCUCUGUUACUUUUGUGUUUUGUUGAAACUACCUCGCAGAAAACACCACCACAGCUGGCACUAAUUACAAGCUCAGUGAAGGAGGCAAGAUUUAAAACUACAUGGAAUUUGAACCACCCUGUUUCCUGCCCUCCAAGACUGGGGCAGGAGUACUCUGUUGAAGUCACAGCCCCAUCUAGCAUGCAGAAGAAAUGAAUGGUGUGAGCAGCUGUAGUAGGAGAGUUCUGGGCUAUGUGAUUAUCUGCCUCUCUCACCCGACUAGGAUCGGACCACAUGGAACUCUGGUGAUUAGACUGUUGCUCACGCUUGUCGUCAUGCUGGCAGAAGGCAUCUUAACCAGCCUCAUCUAUAAAGAAAGCUGUCAUCAAGAUAAACCUCGCAGAUCUCAUGCAUCCAGAAAGGUUGAAGAGGGAAUUUGGAGACAGAAACUUGUAGAUAAACCAAAAAUUAAAGGCUUUGCUGAUGGAUGUGAGAAGCAGAGUGAGAUCUCUGCUAGGGGUAGCAAAAUGGAACACAGGGGUGGUCCUCAGCGGAGAUCCAUACAAGAGGCACCUCCAAAAGAUCAGAAAACACUUGUUAAAGGAACUGUAUCGCCAGCUUUACAUAUCCCCAAAAGAGAGCAAAAUACUGAGCAGAUGGACUUGUACAGAUCCUGGUCAUGCAACAGUAUUUAUCAAAACUAUCCUGACUUACAUAUUGGGGGAGACCGUGUGGGGGGCCAUACGUGUGAUUCAGGUUGUGUUUUGGACCAUGUGUGUGAUGAACUUCCCGAUGGCCCUGUUCUGCUGUCCAUAGAUAUUCCUCUGGGGCCGUCCCCUCUGUGUGAGCAUCCCGAAAGGCCCAAUAUAAAAUCUCUGUGUGGAGAUGAAGCUGGAGAUAGGAGUAUCAUUCUCUGUGAGGAGCCUCUUUCAAACUCCGUGCUCAACAAGUACAUGGAAACAAAAGUGGCAGAGCUCUAUAAACAGUUUUUUGAAGAGAACUUGACCAGGUGUGGUUCUGUAACAAACCUCCUCACUUCCAGUUUGAUACGGAAUAACGUGUAUCAGUUAAGCUUUCAGAUAUCACAGGAGCAGAGUAUAGAGACGUCAAAAGCCAGAGAAGUGCUCUUGCACUCUUUAGCUUUGUUUAGUUUGCACACUACCCAUAGAAAUAGCUCUGAAUUUAGUACUCCAAGCUUACAGAUCUCAAACCCAGCAUGCAUGAAAAAGAGUGGCAGGAUGCAGUUUACAUCGUGACUGAUGUACUUAGCUGAAGAGAUGAAUGUGGUUAGGAAUGAAUAUUUCACUCUAAGGAUUAGGUUGGGGAAUGAAAACAUUUACACACUACAGACUUUUUCAAAUAAAUAUAUUAAGGCUUAAACCAUGCUUUGUUAGCAAAGGAAGUACAGGUCUCUUCUUCUAAUAAAGAAUUUGAAAUUAAUUUAUCUCAAAAAUGCUAGUCAGCCAUAUUUUUAUGUCCUUCUCCUAGGACCCUUGGCUUACUAAUUGUAGUCAUGUAUCAUCGGAUUUAUUUCUGCAAGACAAAUCAAUCAAGACGUGCUGGUAAAACUUUGCUCUGUGAGACUGAGCCAGCCAGUGAGAGUCACGUUGUCUAUUUUGGACUUUGGGCUAUAGAGUUGAAGGCCAAGUUUUGGAUAUUCGGGUUCAGAUUUUGUUCCUUGAAAAGCUUGAUCACAGUGGCUGAAAAAAUGUUUCUUUGGUUUGAAAAUCUUGUCAGCAGAUGGAGGUGUUCAGGACUCUGGAUUAUUAUGUAUAUAUUAUCACACACAGGAAAUAUAUCAACGUGGCACAUGAGUGCAGAUGCCGAUACUGUUGCAUAGGUAUGUUUGUACUGCAUAGGUGGAGUAUGCUACCAUGAAAAUCAAGGUGAAAUUGUUGAUCAACAUUGUGAAAGUACUUAAUUUUCUGUAAUAAAUGUUUUUCUUUUAAAUAAAUCCUGACCUUUUCAAUGAAA